CUAGUUCUCGGAUGUGGAGAGGUGGCGCGCGCGCGAAAACCCCGCUGCGCGACGCGGACGCGAGCGAGUCCUCCCUGCUUUGAAAGACAGUCGCGCGAGCAGAGAGCACCGCGUCGUGGUGCUGCUAGCCUCGAGUGCACAAGCCUGCCUCAGAGUGGCUGCCUCUACUGUCACGGCACUUGCUUCGCUCGCUGCACGGCCACCACGCGGUCCGUGCACGCCUGUCCGGUUCAGUACACGAGCAAGAGUCCCCAAGGACGGUUCGACUAUAUUCGUUCUCGGAGGAGAUGUGGAUUACCGGUUGCAGUUCCGAUUAGAAAUGAAGUUCGAGGCUUAUUAAAAGGAGACGGGGGUGGAGAUUGACAGUAGAUCGUAGCAUAGAGUUCGAAUUCGAAGGCAGGACGCGUGUGACUACGCUUAGUAGUCGAAUGCGAGGUGCAGCCGGAUGCGCCGGUGCACCACCAGCUGCAGCUGCCAGUACCGCUAGUACCGCCACUGCUACCAGCACCGCCGUCGCUGGUGCUGCUGCUGCCGCUUGGCAGAGCCUCGCAGAGGUGUUCACCUCGUGGCAGUCGACACUUCCUGCCGGACGGUGGUAGUGUCCGGGCGCGCUGGACACAUGACGAGCCGCAGACGGUCGCUGCUGCUGUUGCUCGAAAAGCCUCAGGAUUAGGAAACACAGAAAGAAAGAAAGAAAGAAAGGGAGGAAGGAAGGAAGGAAAGAAGGGAAGAAGGUGUGACAGAAGGUGGUUGGUGGGUGACGCUGUGUACUGUGACUACGGAUCGAGGAGAACGUUUCUCGCGGAUAAGGUCGUUCCUUGCUCGCGAAUUCGUGAGGAGACGGGUGGCUAAAAUAAGAGAGAAGAAAGGGUUCGAACGAGUGCGACGAACCCUUCCGCUGUUGGCUCCCUUUACACGCACGGUCGUCGCACACUCGUGCACGUACACCGCGAGAGCUGCGACGUGUCGCCGGUAAUAUAGCGUGUACGCUUUCGUUUAGAGGGUUUCUUCCCUCCGACGUCGACGCGCGUAGGAGUGCUGGAGCGCACGCGGUGACUCCUCUUCACUGACGAGAGUUCCCCGUCGUCGUCGCCGGGGUGUGUAUAUUCCCGAGUGCCUACGCGCGUACCUUUUUACCCCCUCGCCGCAUCGAACGAAAUCAACGGGCUAACUUCAAAAUGAAAACAUUCCGGCGAACCGUCUAAACUCCUCGUCGAGAAAUUGGAGACACGAUUCGAGUAUUAUACGACGGGAAGCGGAAGGAGAUAGAAGAGAGGUUGGUGGUUGGUGCCGGGUGUGCUCUGGUGGUGUCGGUGGUUCCGGGUCGAGCCAGGUCGUGGUGAUGCCUCGCGGCCGCGGAUCCCCGAGACCGUUGGGUGCUGCAGCAGGUAAGGACGCUGGGUGCUUGUUGGGUGCUCGCGUAUCCGCAGUCCCGGUUGCUCGCAUCGCGACGAGGACACGCUGACGAGUGCAGCACCCGUGGUCGCCCCCGCAGGCCAUGUAUCACGGUAGUCCGGCGAUCGACCGUAUCGGCAGCAGUUGUAGCAGUGCCAGCGACCUUCGGCAGCCGCGAUCACCGCGACCACGGCGACGUGGUCGCGUUACCGCGGCGUCCGUCGUCGCGGACGACGCCGACGCCGACGAGGAACUGCUUCUUCACCCCAGGCUGGAACCCGCGUACGUGGUGCAGCACGUGAAUGAUCGGGUUCGCGAACACGGGACCGGGUGGUGUCACGCGGCGCCGAGGCCAGGCAGAAGACGGAACGCUGGCAAUGCGAUUAGGAUACUGCUGCUCGCCACUGCCGCUGCCUUCCUCGCCCUUGCCGUCUCCCCGGUGUCUGGCACGGCAAACAAGAAAGAGGAAGAGACGGCGGUGGCCACCGUUGGCAUCACGGAGGAGAGCACCGGUGGCAGUGUCCUGGGUACGAAAUCCAGAACGGGCACGGAUCCUGGCGGAGGCAUAGACCUCUUGGCAGCGUUGCAGCUGCACAACACCACGCGACAGGGUGUUACACAGGUGCCAGGACUCGUUAGGUUAAAGCCAGCCUAUUAUCUCCAAGGCGAGGAGAGGGAGCUCCGACUGAACGAGGCGAGCUUCGAACGAGCGGCCACGCUACUCCGGCGGGUUCCGGAAUUCACUAUAGCCGCCGCUCUGCGACAAGAGGAGGCCAAUUCCGGGACAAUCGUCGCCUUUUCACAUGGGAACAAUAGAUAUUUGGAGCUGCAGAGCAGCGGUCGUAAGGACGAGCUACGGCUUCACUACGUCUCGCGUCGGGACGGUAGCGUCCACGUGGAGGCGUUUCCUUUCCGAUUGGCCGACGGUGCCUGGCACAGGGUCGCCCUGAGCGUAAGCGGCUCGCAGGUCGAGCUGCUCGUCGACUGUCAUCCCUUGUACAGGCGGUUGCUCAGGCCCGGACCACCUGACACCAAUUUCACUCUGCCGCAGCUACAGCUCUGGGUCGGCCAGAGAAACGUCAGGCACUUUCUCUUCAAGGGUGCUUUGCAGGACGUGAAGCUGAUACCGGGGCCCCAUGGCUACCUCUCCCAGUGUCCCCAGCUCGACUCGUCCUGCCCUACCUGCGGUCAAUUUUCUAUAUUACAAAACACGGUUGAACAGCUGAUGCAUAAUCUGAACGAGUUAACGCGUAGGCUAGCCGCUGCAGAGGGCAGGAUAAGCAAGGUGGAGGAAUGCGAGUGCCAAAAGUCCUGCAGAGCGAACGGCACCGUCCACGAGGACGGCGCGACUUGGGAGAAAGGCUGUCAGCAAUGUUCUUGCGUCCACGGCGAGAUCGAGUGCAGGCCGACGCCCUGCGCUCCCGCCACCUGCAAGAAUCCUGUCAUUCCUCAGGGACAAUGUUGUCCCAUUUGCUUGAAGCAAUGUUACCUGCACGGGGUGAUGUACGAUCACGGUGAGAAAGUGUCGCCGAAACAGUGCGUCGAAUGCAAGUGUUUCGACGGCAGCUUCACCUGUAAGAGAUUCGACACCGAGACCAGGUGUCCGCCGCUGCCCUGCCCGCCGAGCGAGCAGAUCAGCGUGGCCGAGGAGUGCUGCAAAUUUUGUCCAGGGGUGGACUACUGCGCGAAGGGCCACAAGUGUCACGCUAACGCGUCCUGCCUGAACCUCCAGACGACGUACGCCUGCCACUGCGAUAUCGGUUUCCAAGGGGACGGUCAUAACUGUCACGAUGUAGACGAGUGCAAGCAGCAAGGUGGCUCCGAGGGCCAUCACUGCAACGCGAACACUAAAUGCGUGAACGUGAUCGGGUCCUACACGUGCGAGUGUCUUCCGGGUUACCACAGAGUGGACAAGUUCAACUGCGCGGAGCUGGACGAGUGCGCGACUGGUCAUCACGCGUGCGACGAGCACGCGACUUGCGUCAACACCGCGGGCAGUUACUAUUGUAUCUGUAAGGACGGCUACACCGGCGAUGGCUACGCAUGUAAACCCGUUUGCAAUCAGACCUGCCAGAACGGCGGCGAGUGCGUGGCACCGGGUAAGUGUUCCUGCCGACGCGGUUACAUCGGGAACAGCUGCGAGCUCGAUCUCGACGAGUGCGCGAGCGAUCUGCACCGCUGCCACCAAUCGUCGACCUGUUUCAACAUGCCCGGUUGGUAUUAUUGCCGUUGCAAGCCGGGAUACAGGAGCGCCCUGCACGACAGCACCCAGGGCACCCAGUGCCUCGACAUCGACGAGUGCAACGAUCAGACGAUCGAGAGGAGGCACACCUGUCAUCCCACCGCCAACUGCGUCAACACCGAGGGCGGCUACGAGUGCGUUUGCCCGCCUCAGGAGGACAAUCACACUAUGGUGGAAUGUAGGCUGAGUUGUUGGUUCGAGAAUCGGGAGUUGAAGAACGGCGAGACCCUGGCGCCGGCGGGGAACCCUUGCAGGAGGUGUACGUGCAAGGACGGCGUGAUCACUUGCAGGGAUCCCAUCUGCGAUUGCAGCGCGCCCGGAAGUCACAGAGAUAAAUGCUGUCCGCAGUGCGACCCGGCGGCCUCCUGUAGGCAUCAGGAACUUCACCACCUAGUCUUCAGGAGCGGGGAACGAUGGAUUUACCAAUGCCAGACAUGCGAAUGCCUGUACGGCGAGAUAGACUGCUGGCAGAUGGAGUGUCCACCGGUCACCUGUUCGAAUCCCGUCACGGAGGACGGCGAUUGUUGUCCCCGUUGCGAGGACGAUCCCUGCGCGAGGGAAUUGCCCGGAAACGGUACUUCCCUCUCGAUUCUGACCAGACCCAGACCCUGCAGCUACUCGGGGAUCAUCCACGACAGCGGCAGUUCUUGGCAGGACCCGCAUGACAAGUGCACCACGUGCGAGUGCAAGGUGCCGUACUGCGCCCAAUUGGUGAGCAAUAGCGCGUGUUGUGUGCAUCGGACGGGCAGCUAUGCUGCAGCUACGAUUACGGCUGCGCUGGCGAUCUGGGCAGCGACGAGCACCAGCAACGUCCUCCAGUCGUUGUUCCUGAGCCUCUCGUUAGCGGUCUACAGGAUCCUGCGGGGUCAACGAUGGCUAACGGUGCACCGGAAGCAGCUGUAUCAGCGGUUACCGCUUCCGGCGGCUCCAGCAGCGCACCGGUCACCGCCGCCUACCUCCUGUCAGCCUCGUCUUCUUCCUCCGUCGCCGCGGGCGGUCCCUCCGCCAGGAAGGGACACUGGGACACCCUGCAGAACACCUUGCCAAGGUCGUCUCAACAACAGCAGCAGAGGGACGACCGUCGCAGAGCACAGCUGCAAGCUCUACCUACAGCCAGGUACCAGCUGCCCACCGGACCAACGACGACGUCGUCGUCGGCACCUGAACGCCCUGCACUUGCGUCGCCGUCGCCGGACGACGGCCAAGGCUCCGAUCAAGCACGAGGCAGCAUCGCGACGUCGCGCGAAACCAACGAACAACGCCAGCAUCUCGAAUCGCAACGCGUCCUCCUCGGCUUCCUCAUCGUCCUCGCCGCCCUUCGCGAUUCUACCGUCUGCCUCGAGCCCCGACCCACGAGCGGACAGGAUCUCCACCACUAGCAGCAGCGGCAACGCUAGUGAGAACGUCACUAACAACAAUAAUUACCGCCAGGGCGGUCGUAAUCGGCGCAGCGGGGAACCUGUGGCCGCCACCUGAGGCUGACGCUUCCGUCGACAGCUAGAGGAGACAGAAAUCAACUACUGGCAACGCAUUCCAAGGGGUGUAGCCCGACGUAGGAGCGAGCAAGCGUUCUCCGUCGGUCGAUCGGGGAUCGACGAUCGCUGAAUCAACGGAGAGUCCGUGGGAAGGUCGGGAACUCGAUCGAGGAUCAUGGACGACGACGGCGAAAGGAUUUUCGGGACGAUUUCAUCGUGACGAGGCUUCGGGAAAAUUUGCACGUGCCAAAGACACGAGCCUGUUCGGAGAAACUCUGCUAGUUUCAUAUUGGGGAACGAAGGAGCCCGGUAUCCGUCGUUGUCGCACUCGCUUCCUCCUCGCGAUUCGGCGCUGGGUCAAGCAUAACGCGCGAGUGUCAGAGAGAAUCGAGAAACUGAGCCCGCGACAUUCUACGUAUUCAAAGCGGUGUUCCGUGCCGCGAGCGACACGCGCUUUCACGAUUCCUUCUCCGGCGUAAUUUCCAUGUUGAACAGGUAGCGCACAAUAUUUGGGCCUUAUAAAACGAUUAUAAAGAAACAAAAAAAAAAAGAGAAAAACGAGAAGAAAGGGUGGCGUCAGCCUAAAACCGUGCACCGCGAUUCGCAAAACGUGUUCCCUAUGUUUUUACGGUGAGGAGAGCAAAAUACACGCGCGGAUAGAAGCUAGUAAUUAUUAUCAUAAGGAAUUGAAUAUCCCGACGUGACGGCGGAAAGAAAUAUGGAAACGAACGACGUUAUAUUAUUGUAUACAUAGGAAAGCUCCGUAAAUAUACGUAUAUACUUAUCGAUACACGCGGACAUAUAUACAUAUGUAUAUUAUAUAAAUAUAUAUAUGUAUACGUUGUAUAUUGGACGCAGACGCGAGAAACGAUUCUAUUUAGCUGGUGAAUCUCGUCGAUUGUAUUAUUACUAUAGAGAAUAAAAAUACACGUACACACGGUCGAACAGAAAAUAUUCCACGAUGGAUAUAUUAGAUCAUAUCUCGUGACAAUAUAGUUUGAAACGCGCGAUAUAUGUGUGACAUAUACCGAGGCGGACGGUGUAGAGCUCGUCUCGGCGGACAAGGUGGACGAAAACAAGUAAACGUGUAGUCUUUACGCUUGAAACGUUAAAGUUUAAGGAUCGUCGUUUACGUAUUUAGACUAUAAACGCAGUGACACUCCGAGAAUUCGAGAGAGAGAGAUAGGUGACGCGUUUCUCAGUUUCUCUGGUUCUGGAACGCGCUGGCUGGUUCAUGCCUGAUCCACACAAACACGUACAGACAUACACACAUAGUUUAGCCACCGUAAUUAAUUAUGUUUAGUCGUGAAAACAUCGGACGAUGAACGUGCCGACUCGCUCGAAUUCGGAUUCGUUAUUCUCGCUCAACCCGACGCGACCACUACGAAACUACAUUCCUCCUUGAUUAACAAUAAGUAGGCACUAAAAAUGAGAGAAACAUAUAUGAAUAUAAAUAUAUAUAUAUAUAAAUAAAUGAAUGCGAAGAGAAUUAUGGACAAAUGAUUAAUACGAGACGGAAUAAUAAAUGAAAGAAUCUCUAUAUAUAUAUCUAUAUAUAUAUAUAAAUAUGUACGAAGGAGAGGCGCGAGUCUAUAUAUUAAUGUACGUGAUACAUAUGAAUGAAAAAUUGGUGAAUCAAUUACUGGCUAAGCGGGAUUUGUGUAACACGCAUUCGUAAUCGUUUGUUCAAUGUGCAAUUACGUAAACUGGAACGGCUUAAUUUCUAUAAAGGUGGUACUUUUAAUCACGUGAAGUGGUGGACACUCUGACAGUCCUUAUUAAAAACCAUGGUCGUCGCUCUCGUCGCAAUUAAUUUCUAAAUAUGACUUUUCCAUGAAAUUGAAAUUUUUGUACGCAACCAUUGGCCUUCUUACGACGGCAACGGAACAGCGACUGACCACGUGGUUCUAACAUCUGGUCAACGGGCGUACGGGUGCGCGCCAACUUUUUUUACACAAGAAUAUAGUUUUCCAUCGCGAAAUGAUAAGAACGCACGUGAGUAGUUCCUCGAGAUAAAAAGAAUCGGUGACGAACCUCGUGCGCUCGGACAAGAAUAAUGAACGAACGGAGUGACCGAAGGAGAUGAUUGAUUACCGAGAAAAUAUUGAUCACGCUACUGUAUAUAUUACAUAGGACGUGUAACGUUAUAGCGACAACCUAUUAUCCACGCAUAUUAUACAUACGACCGUGCGACUUUUUCAUUAAUCAAUGACUAUUAACGACACCGAAUUUAACGACGAAAGGGUUUACGGUGAAGGAUGAUGGACGACGAGGAGAGAUAGAAUCAAGAUCUACAUUGAACUGCUCUCUCUUCGAGUCAUUGAAAAUUACUCAUUCGUUCGCUCACUCACUCUCUCUCUCUCUCUCUCUCUCUCUCUCUCUCUUUCUUUUUCUCUUGUUCGACGUUUCCCAGAGUUUCGGGGGAACAGAACGAAGAAAUCGGGCGUAUCGUAAACUAGCAUACAAUUAAUUGAUAAAUAAAAUAGAACCGUAUUACCUAUCGUAUUAACUAUCGUGGUUAAGAGCAUUUACGACGAAUUAAUCUAUUGGAGGGUUGCGGGGAGGAGCACGGGGAAGGACGAGCCUAAAUAUCUUAUACGUAUGUAAGCGUUCGGCACAAGAAUCGAAACAGUGAUCGUCGACGAUUAAAAAGAAAAAAGAGAAGAUGCUGAGUAUUAGACUGCGAAUUUUGUGUGCUCACAGAAAGACCUGGUACAGAGGAUGCGUGUAAUCACGUGUCUAUAAAUACAGAUUAUUUUUGGAGGGUAACAGAGACUUAAAGUUAGACUUGAUUUCUUAAAUUGAUAUCGCAAAACAGUUUCGUUCGGCACGAAAAUCCGCAGUCUGUCGAUCAUUGAAGAACGUUAUCGUUUGCGUGGCCGUAAGAGGAGAGGAGGAGACGAGUGGAAUGCCCCGUUGCCAGUUUCCCAAUUUCGUACUAACGCCUAUAAUAACGUAACGAUAAGAUUAUCCUAGUAAAACGACCCCCGAGUCUUGGCCUAGCGACGUUCAAAGGAUUCCAUGUUCAGAGCUUUUCAAGAGGGAGAACAAAUUUUAACGGAUCUCUUUUAUAAGUAGAGAUAAAUAACGGAGACUGACAGACGAGUCUAUGUAGCUUAAUUUUUAAAAUACCUAUUUUAUAGAAGUAACGUCGGAAGGAAAGAAGAGCAAUCGUUUGAUUUUUGAAUCGUGCGUCUAUCGCGAGAAUGGAAUUGAACAGAAUCGACCUGGCAUCGUGGCAUUCGUCCGCCAUCAUCCGUUCGAUUUUCGACAGGAUAGCGAGAAGAGGUAUCGCAGAUCAGGUAGGAUAGAUAGGCCGGUAGAUAGAUAGAUAACUGAACACGGGUCGGCGAUAGGCAGAGCCGAAGUCACGUUACCAAUAGCGGAAACUAACUUGCGUAUAGUGUUCACUCGUUGUUCUUCGUACUUUUCGGACAGACGGACACGCCAGCGGCAAAAGAACGAGAUAAACGUUUUCGGAGCUUCGAUGGAACCGAAGAACCGUUUGUAAAAGAAGCGAGAGGGAUAAAUUGUAGUUAAGAAACAGCGAAGAAAAAAAGAAACCAGUCGGGAGGACAUCUUUUAUAGCGUUACCCAAUUAUUAAUAACAGUUUUAUCACGUUACUCUUGACUACCGUCUAGUUAACGCCUAAUUAUACCGAAGUAACUAACUACACAACGACUAACUAGUAAGCGCUUGUUAAAUUAAACGAGAGAGUUAACGAACGUUCUAACCGCAAGCAGCCAGCCUAGUCCCAAGUUUAAAUCUGUGCUAACACGUAGACGAUACUACCGUUGCUAUCUACUGGCACUAAUAAUUGUUAUACCGUCAUGGUCACCGGUUUCGUUCGGUUCCGUCGCGACCACGCCAUUACGUCCCGUUCUACCUUUUGAACGAGCCGACCGAGUCGUGGAACAAUCUCCUCGGCGAUAUUCUAAAACGAGUUUUCUUAACAUUCGCUCAUCCAGUCGAUCUGUCAUUGUCAUCGUUUUCGAUCGUCAGAGCGACAACGCAGCGGUCGUUAUCAAUUGUCAGACGAAUCGAACGAACCGCUAGCGUUACAUUGUCUCGAUGCUAAUGGCUCACAGGCUUCUGUCCGGAUCAGACACGAAUCUCGAGUUUUUCACUGUUAACACGAUUACGCCAGUGAGCGAUUAAUUUAUUGCAAAUAAUACUUUGUCUCAAUUUUUAUCUCGUUAUCAAGUACACACGGUCGAUUCGGUUUUUGUCACGAUUGUUUUAUCGCGUCGUAGCCUCGUAAAUUAUUCCUUUAUCUUGAGCUAUUUUCACUGACACUAAUAAUGUACAUUACAUAUUACAUAAUUAUUAUUAGCAUUCUGUAAGUACCCGGUGACAGCAUUGUCUACGUAAUUGUUUAAUUUGAAUUACAAAGUCGAACUAAUUGGCCUAUCUAUACAUCAAAAUUAAUAGGUUGCAUUAGGAAUUGCAAAUCGGAUAGUUACGUGACAGUAAACGUCAAAAAACCUCAGUCAUCUAAUUUCGAGCGAGUGAUAUAAUUUGAUUGACGGUUUUUUUUUUAAAUGGGGCGAGAUUUAGAAUGAUUCGUGCAGAGAUCUGUGAGCCGGCGCAAUGGUCACUGCCGGGACUGUCAUCUUCAUCUCGAAUCAUUCGAUCAGGGUACAGGCGGCCGACGCGGCCAAGUCGGCUUACCGAUUGUUAAUCACUAACUACUACUAAAAAGAAACUGUCGCCGUUGACGACGCGAUCGUUCUUCUUUUCGUACGCUGAAACCGAGACCCACGGACUGGGGAAACGCGGAGGACCUUUCAUUUCUUGUCCUUCCUCUUUGCUCCAUUUUACUUUCAGUCUUCGAUCAAAUUCAUUUCUACCGAUCGAAAUUACACGUCGAGCUGAUAGGAAACCGAGUCCAGGAUCUCUUCUAUAGUCAUAGUUCCUACUUUCAUCCCGGCAAAUUACGAGUCCCGUUUGAGAAACGAACGCUCAGGCCUAAUCUUACCGAGAUUAAUCGACCGAAAUUGAUGAUCCCUAGUUCGUCGUAGAUCGAACCUUCGCCCGGCACGAAACGAUGGAGCGAACCGUUCAUGGACCCGAUCAUUUCCUAUCAGUAAUUAAUUCAGUUUGAAGCCGCCUACGUUAUCAGGAAGACAAAAGAGAACCGCUAUCGUUUCGAAGGAGAAAAGGGCUUCGCGGCGACGACGUCCAUCACGUUUCCAUAGCUUGUUGUGCGACGAAUGUUUCUAUGUACGUGUAACUAUAAAAACUCGAUAGCUUACGACUUGGGACGGAUUCAGACUCGAAUAUCAAAAGGUGGGAGAUGAAACGCCGUUUCGAAAUUCAUUUUUCUCCAUUGAUUCGCGGAAACGUUGCGUCGUUCAAAUAACAAAUUUCGUUUGUUUCUUUAUAUCAGUAUUCGUUUGUCCACCAUCCGAGAAUCAUCUGGAUCCGCCCACGCCUACGAAUUACUGUAACGGUACAGCGCAAGGGUGUUGAUUUUUCUAGUCAGGUUUACGAUUAUAUAAAUAAUUUUACGUUGGCACACGCGGUCGAUUUUCACACCGCUGUGCGUGUAUGAAAUAUGUAAGAUGUAUCUUCCCUUCUCUCUCUCUCUCUCUCUCUCUCUCUCUCAUUUUCCUCUCUAUCAUUUUGUUCUUUAUCAUUUCGAGCCGAACGCGGCUCGUCGCGUCGAGAGUAUGAUUAAUAAACAGACGAAUAAAAAAGAAAACAAGCGACGGCAGAUAAGAUUUCGAUUUCUAAUAUAUUAAUUACGAAUUAAUUAUUAUCAUUGUAAUUCUUACGAUUAUCUUUAAUUAUUAUGAUUACAGUUAUCGAUUGAUUGAUUGAAUGCCUACCAUCGUCGAUUAUUAGUUAAACUACCACUACAGUCAUAUAAUACCUUUGUAAAUGAGAAUCAAGACACUGACGGCUAGGGAAAAAAAAACUUAAUAAAUUGAAAUUCUAUUAACCUAAA